AUGGAAAUCACCACUCCUCCCUUGUCCUUGAGGAACAGAUGCGAGUUGAGAGCAAUAAUUCUGGCUUGGUCCGGUUGGGCAACGUCGGCAAACACAACGUCGACCAUACCAAUCAACAUUCUCAUACACAACACCUUCUGGUCCGACAACGUCAGCAACGUGCGAAACAGAGGUACCGGAAGCUGCUCCCAAAUAGAGAACUUUCUUGCCUGGAGCAAUGAACAGCUCGUCCAAACCACCCAUAAUACCAGCAGCAAGCUUCGAUCUGAAUGGAUUCCAAACUCUGUACUCCACCUUGGUUGCUGGGGUGGACUCGUCCUUGGAUGGCUCGUCGACGGAUAUUCUCUUUUCACCGUAAACAGACUCUCCUGCUGCCAAGUUCUUGGUCACAAGCAGAUCCUCCUUUCCUCUGGCAAUGUAAACUCCGUCGUGUCUGUGUGGUUCGAUUAUCACCUUGGCGCCGGCACCACCUUUGCCUCCGCGAGCACCGCCUCUUCCUCCACGGGCUCCUCCACGUCCUCCACGAGCUCCACCUCUACCACCACGGGCACCACCACGUCCUCCAAAAGAACCGCCACGUCCGCCAAACGAACCGCCACGGGCUCCUCCUCUGGAAGCCCCUCUGAAUCCACCACGACCUCCUCUGCUGCCGCCUCUGCCGCCUCUGUCUGA